AGCCUCGACUCAGUCGAAAAAAACCGUUGAAUGAGUCAGAUGCGGGUCGGAUGGUUUCGCAGACCAAUGAAUUAACUCGCCCACGUCUACAAGCCCUCGAUUCAAAAGUUCCUAUACAAUGUAAGCCUAAGAAUAAAUCAUAACAUAGUACAAAACUAUCGCCGCUAACUUAAAGAAAUCAACAACCGAACCAGCUAAAAACCCUUCAUACCCGAAGUCCAAACACAUAUGUCCAAAAAACAGCCAACUGAAAUCGACCAAACUUUAAAUGCCUUCUUCUGAAGGUCCAACGAUCCAGUCAGCUGAUAAUGGAUUCGACGGCUUUUAAGGACUUCAGAAAACUUCAAUUCUGUUAGGGAGUGACCAUGCCAUCCACUGAAUAAAUUGCUCCAAUAAUGGUAAUGACGACGGCUCUCCAAUGUCCAGUACUGAUGUGGAAUCUUUUAACGGCAAAAUAGUUUACAAUCUCGAUGGCAGCGCCAUUAUUAUCGACGCAGACAAUGCCAAUGGAAGUGGAUCGGCGUCUGCCCAAAGUUUUUAUGCCUUAACUUCGACUUCAAAAAAAAUCUCAAAGGUCAAAGAUCUUGGGCAGGAGGAAAAAGAAAAAGAGCGUCUGCAUCAACAUCAUCAAGAGCAAAACGAGGAACAGGAGCAGGAACGAACUGAUUUGGAUGCUGGUCCUUGUGUCGAAGCCUUGAAAGGAGCAUCCUACAAAUUGAGUCCAAAAAUUCAUUCCUUUCGUGUGGUGUCCGCGCAAGAUGCAAACUCAACCUGCCAGGAUCAAAUUAGAGCAUUCAAAAUCCAAAAACCAAUUUUAAUGUGUUUUAUAUGCAAGUUGUCCUUUGGCAACGUUAAGUCUUUUAGCUUGCAUGCAAACACUGAACACAGACUCAACCUGGAAGAGCUCGAUCAGCAGCUACUUAAUCGCGAGUAUUCCAGUGCCAUUAUUCAGCGAAAUAUGGAUGAAAAGCCGCAGAUAUCAUUUCUACAACCUUUGGAUAAUAAUACCACCAGCGCUGCCACCGAUGACGCCGAGAAGAUUCAAAUAACACCUGUUGGCAUUGGCGCUAGUCUGUCUUCGUCUCCGCAGCCAGUUUUCAGCAAUGAGUCUAAACUGGAACCCGAACAAAAGCAGGAGACUGAACAGGUCCGAGUCCUGGACCAGGGCCAUGAGCAAGAGCUUGAAACUGAUCAGGACACUAGUAGUAGUAAAAUGGCAGCACCUAGUGCAUAUCUCCCAUUAUCAUCGCCUAAAGUAGCAGUAAAAUCCACUGUGAAACUUGGUUCCUUAAACUCAGCAACAGCAAAGACUAAUAACCUAUCAAAAGUAUCCUCAACCAGUUCACCUACAUCGGCAUACGCAUCCGGAGAGGUCUCAUUGCCCAGUACUGAUAAUAUAAGUAUCAAUAAGUUAACCAAUUUUAACCAAGUAGUAGAGCCGCCAUCCUCGUCUUCAUCAGAAAUCGAAAUGAAAAUAGGCUCUAUGUCCGCAUCACCCCAAACAAAUGAUUCGGAUGUGCCCUGCCCAGAUUUUUUGCAACUGCAGCAUGGUGCGGCUGGCAGCAUAUACCCUGCUCAAGUUAGUUCCUUCCAUGCAUCUCUAGCAGCGCUGGCCGCCAAUGAAUCGAAUGACGACCGGGUUAAACUGAUCACAGAGUUCCUCCAGCAGCAACUUCAGCAACAUCAGCAGCAGAGCUCACUAUUUCCCAGCAAAUGUCCUGAUCAUCCCGACCUCAAUGGUGUGGACUGCAAAACCUGCGAGCUCCUCGACAUCCAGCAGCAGUCAAAGUCGCCGUGUUUUUCGCAUCAGCAUCUCUCCCAGUCUUUGCCCCAGCUUCAAGUUCAGUCCCAGCCCCAACAGAUCCCACAUCGAUCUCCUUGCGGCAACAGUGCUGGCCUUGCAAUAUCACCCAGUGCCUCAUCGGUGGCCAGCGUGGGAAAUGCGUCGAACGCCACUUCCAGCUUUACAAUCGGCGCCUGUUCCGAGCACAUCAAUGGUCGACCCCAAGGAGUGGACUGUGCGCGAUGUGAAAUGCUUCUAAACUCAGCUCGAUUAAAUAGCGGCGUGCAAAUGUCUACUCGCAACUCUUGCAAAACUCUUAAAUGUCCGCAAUGUAAUUGGCAUUAUAAAUACCAGGAGACACUGGAAAUCCACAUGCGGGAGAAGCAUCCUGAUGGGGAGAGUGCCUGUGGUUAUUGCCUUGCAGGACAGCAGCAUCCUCGGCUGGCUCGGGGGGAAUCCUACUCCUGCGGUUAUAAGCCGUACCGCUGUGAAAUCUGUAACUACUCUACGACCACCAAGGGUAAUCUUUCCAUUCACAUGCAGUCGGAUAAGCAUCUGAACAAUAUGCAGGAGCUUAAUAGUUCCCAAAAUAUAGUAGCUGCUGCGGCUGCUGCCGCGGCGACUAGCAAAUUGCUUCUGUCGAGCUCAUCUCCAGCUCAUCAAGGAGCUACUGCGGGCCCAUCUAACAGUGGAACGGGCAGUGCCACCAGCGGCGCUGGGUGCGGCGGAUCUAGCAACGUUGGCGGUAACGCGCCACUGGGCGGAAACGCAGCAUCUGCGGGCACGGGAGUAUGUAACUCCAAUGCCAAUGCUGGAAGUAGUGUCAGCAGCGCCAGCGUAAAGCCAAAGCCAUCAUUUCGCUGUGACAUCUGCAGCUAUGAGACCUCCGUAGCCCGCAACCUGCGCAUUCACAUGACUAGUGAGAAGCAUACCCACAAUAUGGCUGUUCUACAGAACAACAUCAAACACAUCCAGGCUUUCAACUUUUUACAGCAACAAGGCGCUAGCGGUAGUGCUUCAGGACACAGCUCUGGGAGCUUCAUGCCCGAGGUUGCGUUAGCUGAUCUGGCUUAUAACCAGGCUCUUAUGAUCCAGCUCCUUCACCAACAGCAACAACAACAGCAAUCAGCUAAUACCAAAUUGUCACCCUCAUCUUCACCUGUAAGCACUCCGGAUCAGUUUUCCUUCUCCCCAAAGCCAUUGAAGAUUAGUCAUGGAGCAGGAGUUGGCAUCGGCUUGGGAAUGCCAAUGGGAAUGAACCACGCCAAUGAUGUACCAGGAGAUUUAUCUGGCGAUGCUCAUCCACUGACGAAAACGGACAAGUGGCCCUCAGCGUUCUAUAGUUGUCUAAUCUGCGAUUGCUUCAGUACAAACAACUUGGACGAUCUCAACCAACAUUUGCUAGUAGAUCGAUCACGGCAAUCCUCCAGCGCCUCCAACGAAAUAAUGGUUAUUCACAAUAAUAACUAUAUAUGCCGGUUAUGUAAUUACAAAACGAAUCUCAAGGCCAAUUUCCAACUGCACAGCAAGACAGACAAGCAUCUGCAGAAACUUAACUUUAUCAACCACAUCAGAGAGGGCGGCCUCCGCAAUGAGUAUAAGCUGCAGUAUCAACAACAGCUGGCCGCAAAUAUGGUGCAACUAAAGUGCAACUGCUGCGACUUUCAUACCAAUUCUAUUCAAAAGCUGUCGCUUCACACACAGCAUAUGCGACACGACACGAUGCGUAUGAUAUUCCAGCACCUCCUGUACAUUGUUCAGCAAAGUCAAAUGCACAAGAAGGCUCCGGGCACGGCCGAAGAUGAUCCUCAAUUCUCCUGUCCGGAUGAAGAUCAGCAAUUGCAAUCGCAGUCGACUAAAAAACUGCUCCUCUGUCAGCUGUGCAACUUUACCGCUAAAAACCUGCAUGAAAUGGUUCUGCAUGUGAAAGGUAUGAGACACAUGCAAGUCGAACAAUUUAUAUGUUUGCAGCGUCGAAGUGAAAACCAAGAAAUACCCGCACUAAACGAGGUAUUUAAAGUGACGGAAUGGAUUUUGGACAACGAAGAGGUUACUUUCGAGACUGGAUUUAACUUGGCAAGAAUCGAACCAAAUGAUGAAACCCCGGAUGUCGGAUUUGUUGCUGCAUCAUCUGCGACUGGAGAGUCUGCCAUUCCCGAUGUUAGUAUUUGUUCACCAACUUCUCCCUCAAGUUUUGCGACAUCAUGUGGCAAGACUUUGGGUCACUUUCCAUCUUCAAGCGUAAAUAACUUUGGUUCUGGUGCCCCAGUUCCUACCACAGUAUUUAAGUGCAAUCUCUGCGAAUACUUCGUACAAUCAAAGGGCGACAUUGCUUCUCAUAUUGAGACUGAGCACCCGUGUGCUGAGAGUGAUAACUUUAUUAGUAUACCCACCAACACCGCUGCUCUGCAAGCUUUUCAAACAGCUAUGGCAGCAGCCGCUCUAGCUGCGGUGCAACAACGUUGCGCCGCUAUGAAUGCACCGACUCAUGAUGCUGUCGAAACAGAUAAGAGCAUGGAUACGAAUGCUAGUGACGGCCCAUUUGGCAUUAAGCGGGAGCGGAUUGAGGAAGAGGACGAACCCCUGGCAGAAAUAGAGGAUUCCAAAAAAAUGGCUCCGCAGGCGACUGUAUCGGCAUCUUCGGAGUCGCCGAAAGAUUCGGAAGCUCAAGUAGGUGUGCAGUGUCCUCUGUGUCUAGAGAACCAUUUUCGGGACAAGCAGUACCUGGAGGCCCAUUUAACAAGCGUUCACAGUGUUACCAGGGAUGGUCUGUCUCGGCUUUUGUUGCUGGUGGAUCAGAAAGCCUGGAGAAAAGGAAGUGAGUGCAUUGAUAUAACCUCUCAAGUUCCAUAUGCGAAUAGCAGCACCGAAGAGGCAACACCUGCACCCAAUGAAGGCUUCGAGGGCACUUCAAGCUUUUCGGCCUCCAGUGCAAACGAAACCAAGUGCGCCAGUGCGACUAAUUCAAGUCACCCAGUGGGAAUGCAAGGACUCUCCUGCCAGCAGUGUGAGGCCAGCUUCAAGCACGAGGAACAGCUACUUCAGCAUGCGCAACAGAACCAACAUUUUUCAUUGCAAAAUGGGGAGUAUUUGUGUCUCGCCUCCAGCCACAUAAGUCGGCCCUGCUACAUGAGUUUUAGAACCAUUUCAACUAUGAUCAGCCACUUCCAAGACUCUCACAUGAGCUUAGUUAUCUCAGAGCGCCACGUCUACAAAUAUCGUUGCAAACAGUGUUCCCUGGCGUUCAAAACUCAAGAAAAGCUCACCACGCACAUGCUGUACCACACAAUGCGGGAUGCAACAAAGUGCUCCCUUUGCCAACGAAACUUCCGGAGCACGCAGGCGCUGCAGAAACACAUGGAGCUGGCACACUCCGAAGACGGAACACAAUUAGCAAGGUCAAAUAGUCCUCAAACGACGACAUUGAAUGCCGAUGAGGUGCACAAAAAUUCAUCAGGGGAAACUCUUGCGCUAGAAAGAGAGGUCGCAGGGAAUGAUGUCUCUCCGCUUCGCGUGGAGUCACAAGCUAGCAAGGAAAUUAGGUAUUUGACACCUAGCCCAAUGUCUCUGGAUUCCCAGAACCAGCAGCAAUACCUCGCAACUUUUGCAGCUUUGCUAAAGCAGCAACAGUGUAACUCAGAUGCUGUAGGCGUCCACCCCGAAGCCUUAUCACUGUCCACUGGAGAAAUUUCCCAGCACUUGCAGGGCUUACAAAAUCUGCAAAAUCUUCAGCAUAUGCAACAGCAUUUUGGCGCCGCAGCUGCCGCCUCGGGACUGCCGAUUAACCCGGUGGAUAUGCUCAAUUUAAUGCAGUUUCACCAUUUGAUGUCCCUUAACUUCAUGAACCUAGCACCCCCUUUGGUAUACGGCGCGAACGCCCCCGGAAGCAAUACUGUUCCCGUGCCAACAGCUCAAAACAUCAGCAUUACCUCCACCAACGCGGCUGUCGCGACAGGAUUAUCUGAUGCUCAGCUCACCAGCGGAGUCAACGCUUUACCGGUAGACUCUGUUAAAGGAACGACAGUCUCAGCUCCACCUCAGCACAAUGUCAACUCAAACUCCCAGCUGGCAAGCAACCAAAAACGGGCCCGUACGCGUAUUACAGAUGACCAGUUAAAAAUUUUGCGGGCACAUUUCGACAUAAAUAACUCACCAAGUGAAGAGAGCAUUAUGGAAAUGUCACAGAAAGCAAAUCUUCCAAUGAAGGUGGUUAAACACUGGUUCCGAAAUACGUUGUUCAAAGAAAGGCAACGCAACAAGGAUUCUCCUUAUAAUUUUAAUAAUCCACCGUCGACAACUCUUAAUUUGGAGGAGUAUGAACGUACAGGUCAGGCCAAAGUUACCCCUUUGAAUGAUACUAGCAUCACAAUAUCAGCGCCAAUGACUACAGAAACGGUUUCUUCAGCAUCGUCUGUUAAUACCAAUCUGAACUCUAAAGAAAACUCAACUACAAGAGUGACCACGGUUGGAAAAGCAAUAUCAUCCGUGCCCGUCUUAUUUGCUGCUACCGUUCCAAGCUCUACGCCUGUUUCUCGCCCAGAAUCGACCAACUCGAGCGGCAACAUAUCCGAUUAUCUUAGCAAUAAUUUAUUUUUUGGACAGCACGGGGGUAAGGACCAAGGCUUGCAAUAUCCUGUAGAAGGGCAAAUAAAAUCAGAGCCUCAGGAUGACAUGAUUGGGGCCAUUGACUUCGCAUUCCAAACAAAACAUCAGCCAAACAUUAACUUAAAGCAUCAACAGGAACUUGCGGAUCCGCCAGAACAAUCUAUUACAAAUCAAGAUACGGAUAUGUCCCAGGACCAAUCGUUACAUGCAGGUUCUUCACUUCACUGUCAAAGUCAACAGCAAACAAACAUUUUUGAAACCAAAUCGGAGAGUGGUAGCUCCGAUGUAAUGUCACGCCCUCCUACUCCGUGCAGUGGAGCUGCAGGAAAUCUCUACGGCAGUAUGAAUGAUUUAAUAAACCAACAAUUAGAAAACAUGGCUAGUAAUAUGGGGCCACCAAAAAAACUGCAGGUUGUUGGAAAAACAUUCGACAAGAACUCAGCUCCAAUCUCGAGCUCGGCCAGUGCCAGCACUCAGUUCGAAAGUAACUCUUCCAACUCAUCAAGUUCCUCAUCAUCGACAUCGGGUGGUAAGCGAGCCAACCGAACCCGUUUCACGGACUAUCAAAUAAAGGUUUUGCAGGAAUUUUUUGAGAACAAUUCAUACCCGAAAGACAGCGAUCUUGAGUAUUUAAGUAAGCUUUUGUUAUUGUCCCCCCGUGUAAUUGUAGUUUGGUUUCAAAAUGCCAGGCAAAAGCAACGCAAGAUUUACGAAAACCAACCGAACAAUUCCCUCUUCGAAAAUGAGGAGACUAAAAAACAAAACAUUAACUAUGCUUGCAAAAAGUGUAGCCUUGUGUUUCAACGGUAUUACGAGCUAAUACGCCACCAGAAAAAUCACUGCUUCAAAGAGGAGAAUAACAAAAAAUCCGCCAAGGCACAAAUCGCUGCUGCUCAAAUCGCUCAGAAUUUGAGCUCUGAGGAUUCCAACUCCUCCAUGGAUAUACAUCAUGUUGGUAUUUGUCCGUCAGGCUCAACAGUAGUUUCGCAAACUAUGUCAACCGUCUCUGCAGCCACUCUGCCGGGACAGUUUCCACAGCAAUCAAUUGCCGCUUUUCCGUCACCACAGCAUUUGUUUGCGAAGUCAUCUUCACUCACUGACUUCAGCCCAUCCACGACCCCUACGCCCCCCCAACGAGAACGGAGUAACAGUUUAGACCAUCCACAAAGAACUCCCAAGUAUGACUGUGAUAAAUGCGAACUGCAGUUUAACCACUUGGAGAAAUUGCGAGAGCAUCAACUAUUGCACCUGAUGAAUCCAGAAACAAUAUUUUCAGUCCCAGUCCAAAAUUCGAGCCCAGACGCCAAUUUCGGUCCGUUCGGUAGUAUAUUGCAAAGUCUACAACAAGCAGCGGUUCAACAACAACAGCCUGAAAACCAACCACCACCAACAAAAAAACGAAAAUACUCGGAUAGCUCUUCCAAUCCAGAUGAUUUACCGACUAUAUCGGAACUCGAGGCUUCACAUAAGAAGCACGAAUUCCUGUAUAAAUAUUUUGUGCAAAAUGAAACGAACUCAGAAUUGAAACAGCAGUUUCUAAUGCAGCGCAAACAUAAGAAAGCAGUGCAACUUCAGUCCCAAGAACAAGGAAAUGAAUUCGACUUUGAACUGGAAUUCUUAACUAAUUUCUAUCAGCAGAGCGAAUUAAAAAAAGUCAGUAACUAUGACUUUUUACUGCAGUACUAUCGCACACAGGAAGAGGCAGCACUGAAGACAAAAUCAAAUCAACAGCAUCCGUUUAGCUCUAGUAAAAAGCCAACCAUCGAGUUUCUACUACAGUAUUAUCAACUGAACGAGUCAAAAAAGUUUUUUCAGUUAGUUGCCUCGCCCCAAAUAAUGCCUGAUGGCCUAGGCUACAAACCGUCGUCGCAGAUGCCAAAACCUACGGCGGAUGAAAUUAUUAAUGUCAUUGCCGAAACAUCGUUGGCGCAGGCAACAGAACUACACAGAAUAAAGCAAGAAGAACAAAUCAGCAUAGACAGGCCAUGCGAAGAAAAGGAGUUAUUUAAAAACAGAAAUGAAGUUGAAAAGCUUAAUAACAAUAACGUUAACAUUAACUCGGUGAAAACCGAUACAACCGAGGCGAACGGUAGCAAAUUAGUUGACAUUAUAGAAGAGGUGUCAGUGGCUCCUACAUCAAUAACAAUAAAUGAUGAUAGCAAAUAUUUAAGCACGAGAUCCUUACAAAAAGAUGACAAGGAAAAGUCUCAAUACCUACACAAUCUAGAAGACUUCCUGGAUGCCACUAUGAUAGAGAAUAACUCUCAGACCCUGACUUUUAAUGAUGACGAAAAAGCUUGCCAAAAGGAUGAAACGAAUAUACCAUCAAUCCAUAAAGCAAACGAGAUGGAGAUACGGUCUUCUGUGUCUCCUGUUAAUGUUUCAUCCAAACAAAACAAACGUCUACGUACAACUAUUCUUCCGGAGCAACUGAACUUUUUGUAUGAAUGCUAUCAAUCCGAAUCAAACCCAAGCCGAAAAAUGCUUGAAGAGAUAUCUAAGAAAGUAAAUCUUAAGAAACGCGUAGUGCAAGUCUGGUUUCAAAAUUCUCGGGCCAAAGACAAAAAAUCCCGCAAUCAGCGGCACUAUGCACACAUAUCUGACGAUAACAGCUAUGAUGGUUCUAGUGGCAAAGAGGUUAUCAGCGACCUAAAAGCUAAUGGCGUGCCCCUGGAACAGGAUCACGAAAUGAAUCUUCAGGACUGCCAGCUGUGCCAAGUCACCCAAGUCAACAUCCGAAAGCACGCUUUUAGCGUAGAGCAUAUCUGCAAGAUGAAGAAGCUACUCGAACAAACCACCGAGUUUUAUGCCCAGAGCAAUGGCAGCGGCAGCGAUGACAACGAUUCCGACAGGGAAAAAAGAUUUUACGACUUUUCGAAGACCUUUCUGUUCCAACAUGUUGUUUCGAAUGCGUCAAGCAACGCUAAUCUUACUCCAGGAUCUGUACAAGAUUCAAAUGCUCUUCCUGAAAAGAACUGUAUGCUUAACUAUGAUUCUGCUGGUGGUAAUUCCAAAAGUCAUAUGCAGCAUAACUUGCCAGCCGAAAUCGGCAAUGAUGAUGUGCGAAAAAUCGCUGGUAAUCAGGAAAUAAUGCAGCAGCUCUUCAACCGAAACCAUAUCACCGUUAUAGGUGGAAAGUAAUUUGGAGUGUUUGUAUGGCCUUAAAACCAAGGUGGUUAAGACAUAGACUACAAAUGGAAAAAUGAUUGCAUAAUGAGAUGCGAAAGAUACGUACAGGAGAAAAAUACGAACAUACACAAACCAUACUACGAAAACUAAAAAGUUCCUAUUUUAAUGAAAUUUAUAAAAACAUUGACAUUCCAUGAACCAAAUGAAUAUACAGAUAUAUGUAUUGAAAUUCUUGCGAAGACCUAUUUCAACAUUAGUAAGAAUUUUUUAAUUAAACGGAAGUGUUCCUAACUAUUCAAAAUAUAAAUUAGCGAUAAUCUUAAAGUAUACACAAUUGUGGCAAUCCUAUAAAUUUCGAAACGGAGGGCUUAACUUUAAUAAGUCGAGAAACCAUGGCAGCUCCAAAAAUAAUAUGUAAUAACUUAGAUACAUAUAUAAUGAACUAGAUUUAAUGAAACGUAAACUGAGUUCCUAGCAUUUGAUUGCUUUAUGCCUUUGUUUUCUAUAUUAGAAUGUAAUCAAUGAAUACUAAGAUCUGCUUCGGCAUGCCGAUCUUUUAAACAUUUUUCAAAAGCUGAAGUUACACAGCGGUUCCUAUUACAUUUUCGGAAACUGUACAUGGACAUUAUAAACAAACUGAUUUUUAUUUAUUUUAUUCUGUCAUAUGCUGAGAGUAAAUGUGCCAAUAAUUUAUUUUGCAAUGCAUGCUUAUAGCAUAGGAAACAUUAUAUCUCUAAAGGUAUAUUAUACUAAAAAUGACAUGAGUUCAAAUUUCUAUAAAAAAAUAGAGAAUACAUCCUGACUAUUUAAAAAGAAAAAAGGAAAUGGCUUAAAAAAAUUAUUA